ACCUUCGUUCGCUCUGAGAAACAGGAAACGCAUAAGGUUUGUGUUGCUCAAGCCGGAAGUAGACUUCUCGAGUCACAUUGAAGACGAGAAUCCCGGUCAAACGAAUAUCAGGACCAGUCAACUCAUCCCGGAUGAUCAUUAACAAUGUUUAUUUCAAGAGUUGUCCCCCGUUUAUUACGUAGAGCAACGUGUGCACUUCAAGGCCAUGGAGACAUUUUAACUGGAUGUGUACAACCGGUUCUUCCUGCGUACUGCUCUUUGCUACAACCAAAACUGAGAAACUACUCAACAGCAGCAGACAACACGCCUCCUCCCCAAUGGUUACAACUUGAGCCGGAGCUGGAUGAGGAUCUUGUGCCACGUAAAUUGUCAGUGAGUCCUCUGGAGAGCUGGCUCUCCCUGCGCUACACUCUUCCUCCCCUGCUGGAGUCUGCUCAGCCGCUGGAGGACGUAGGGCAGCUGGAAGAGAAGGUGCUGCCACCCAUCGCUGUACCUGUUAAGGAGGAUAGCGAAGGUUCAGCAACACCCCUUAGUUGUAAGAAUGUUCUGGAGAUCCGACGGCGGAAGAUGAACCGACAUAAAUACAAGAAACUGCUUAAACGGACUAAAUUCUUGAAGGCGAGAGUGCUCGAGGGCAGGGGGAAAAAGAAGCAGAAACGAUUUGAGGAGGAUCUGAAGAAUAUUUGGAUACGAGCUGGACUGAAAAAGGCUCCAGAGGGAUGGAAUACACCUAAGAUCUUCAUUAAACAGCAUGGAAACAAAAGAGACUGAGAAACAGUCAAUCAAGUUUGUGUCACAUCCCUCACACUGGAAGGUUCUGCACACCACACACUGCAGUUAAAACAAUCAGCCAUUUUUCGCAUUCUUUGCAGCUUAAUUUAAGCAUGUUUCGGUGAUAAGGUGAUAUAUUACAUGUGUACAAAUAUUUUUAACAAAGUGUACAUAAUCUAAUAAAGAUCAUUCCCUCUCAAGCCCGAGA